UGUACAGAGAACAGAGGAAUUUGUUUGAAUUUUAGUUGGAGUUGAAAUUUUCCUUUUUGUAGAUUUAAGUUAAUUAGAGUUUGACGUUAAUUUUGCUUCCAGCUAGAUCUAAAUGAUAGUGUAAAACAUAUUGAUACAUUAUUUAAUAAAAAUUAAAAAUUAUUGAGUAUUUAAUAUGAAAUCCAGAUGUACCUUUGAUAAUAAAAAAAGUGGUUUGAGUAGGAGAUCGGAAUAUAUCCCACACAAUAAUAAUAAAAAAAAGGAAGGAUAUCAUGUGAUAAAGAAAAAUAGAGUAUUGGCUAUUUGAAUUAAUAUCGGGGUAAACUGUAUAUCUAUAGAUACAAACAGAGCAACAGGGAGAUAUUUUGGAUGCGUUAAUAUGUCACCAUCAGAUAAAGAGAUGCAUUGGUGCAUAAUUGUAUACGAUAUUUGGUUAAUCGUACAUGUUCAAGCAGCAAUUACGUGUCAAGCGAAUAUUUUAAUGAAGUUCACGACAAGUUGUAUCGUACUAAAGUUUCGAUUUUCUCUCUCUGUUUUGUAACUGCAAUUCAUAUACAACAUCAAUGGAGAGUGGAGUCAGUAGUAAGAAAACAUCACCUCCAUCUUCGCAGCAAUUCAUUUCUGUUACCACCCCUCUGCUUGAUUUGGAAAAGGAAACUGGGGAAUCAAGCAUAGGAGUGUUUCACGAGAGGGAGAUAGAGGAUGCUGAGAAAUAUGAAUUGGAAGUUGAUGACUCUCCCAUUGAGCAAGUGAGGCUAACAGUUCCAAUCACUGAUGACCCUACUCAGCCGGCACUAACAUUUAGGACAUGGAUUCUGGGGUUGGCAUCAUGUGUGCUUCUUUCCUUUGUGAACCAAUUUUUUGGCUACAGAACCAACCCUUUACAAAUCUCUUCAGUCUCAGCACAGAUUGCUACACUCCCUCUUGGCAAACUGAUGGCUGCAACUCUUCCGACUAAACCAAUUCGUGUGCCAUUCACGAAAUGGUCAUUUUCAAUGAAUCCGGGGCCAUUCACUUUGAAGGAGCAUGUGCUUAUCACCAUCUUUGCUACAUCUGGAUCUAAUGGUGUUGAUGCAAUCAGCAUCAUCACAAUUGUUAAGGCUUUCUAUCACAGGAGCAUCCAUCCAGUAGCAGCUUAUUUGUUAGUAAUGUCAACCCAAAUGCUUGGAUAUGGAUGGGCUGGGAUUUUUAGAAGAUUCCUAGUGGACUCCCCUUUUAUGUGGUGGCCUGAAAACCUUGUGCAGGUGUCUCUAUUCAAGGCAUUUCAUGAAAAAGAAAAAAGGCCUAAAGGAGGAUACACUAGGAUGCAAUUCUUUUUCCUAGUCUUUGUAGCUAGCUUUGCCUAUUACACUCUUCCAGGGUACCUUUUCCAAGCAAUAUCAACCAUCUCCUUUGUUUGCCUGAUUUGGAAUGAUUCCAUCACAGCCCAACAAAUUGGUUCAGGCAUGAGUGGAAUCGGAAUAGGCUCAUUUGGCCUCGAUUGGAACACUGUUGCAGCCUUCUUAGGUAGUCCUUUAGCUGUACCUGGCUUUGCCAUCGUCAACAUGUUAAUAGGAUUUAUGCUGGAUAUGUAUGUUCUGGUUCCCCUUGCCUAUUGGAGCAAUUUAUAUGAUGCCAAAAAGUUCCCUCUCAUUAGUUCUCACACGUUUGACUCAACUGGUGCUACAUAUAAUGUUACUCGGGUUCUAAAUCCCAGAACUUUUGACAUUGAUUUGGAUAGUUAUAACAAUUACAGCAAGAUCUAUCUUAGUAUAACAUUUGCCUUUGAGUAUGGAUUAAGCUUUGCAAUUUUGACUGCCACUAUUUCCCACGUAGUCCUCUUUCAUGGAGAAAUGAUUCUUCAGACGUGGAGGAAGACAACAAGAGCACCAAAAGAACAACUUGGAGAUGUCCAUACAAGAAUUAUGAAGAGAAACUAUGAACAAGUCCCUGAAUGGUGGUUUGCCAUCAUAUUGAGCCUUAUGGUUGUUGUGGCCUUGGUUGCUUGUGAGAGCUUUGGGAAGCAACUCCAACUGCCAUGGUGGGGAAUUUUACUUUCUCUAACAAUUGCAUUAGUGUUCACCUUGCCAAUUGGGGUUAUUGUAGCUACAACAAACAUAAAAACAGGACUCAACGUGAUUUCAGAGUUAAUAAUUGGAUUCAUUUACCCAGGAAAACCCCUUGCUAAUGUAGUCUUCAAGAUUUAUGGACAUGACAGCAUGGUACAGGCAGUUUUGUUUCUUAGUGACUUCAAAUUAGGCCACUACAUGAAAAUUCCUCCUAAAUCUAUGUUCAUUGUUCAGCUUGUAGGCACAGUUGUUGCUUCAACUGUCUACUUUGCCACAUCUUGGUGGCUUCUGACGUCUAUUGAAAACAUUUGUGAUGAAGCAUUGUUGCCAAAGGGUAGUCCAUGGACAUGCCCUGGUGACGAUGUGUUCUAUAAUGCUUCAAUCAUAUGGGGAGUUGUAGGACCAAAGAGAAUGUUUGCCAAGGAUGGUGUUUACCCGGGGAUGAAUUGGUUUUUCCUCAUUGGUCUACUUGCUCCUAUUCCAGUGUGGUUGCUUUCUCGUAAAUUCCCCAACCACAAGUGGAUUGAACUCAUCAACAUUCCCAUUAUCGCUGCAGGUGCAUCCAACAUUCCACCAGCCAGAUCCGUGAAUUAUAUUACAUGGGGCAUUGUUGGAAUCUUCUUCAAUUUCUAUGUUUAUAGAAAAUUUAAGGCAUGGUGGGUCCGGCAUACUUACAUCCUUUCAGCUGCUUUAGAUGCUGGAGUUGCUUUUAUGAGUGUGAUCCUUUAUUUCACCCUUCAAUCUAAUGGUAUUUUUGGUCCAGCCUGGUGGGGUCUUGAUGCAGAUCACUGCCCUUUGGCCAAAUGCCCCACAGCUCCAGGUGUAUAUGCCGAGGGAUGCCCUCUUCUUUGAUUUUCUUAUUUGUGUGCAAUCACCCAUAUUCUCUAGUGAAUAUGAUAUUUUUUUAGGUGAAUUCAAGGUAUGAUAUUGGACCUUAAAUGUA